AGAAAGAUAAGAGACACGAAGAAGAAGACAGAUCUGCGCGUGCGUAUCAGGACUUCAGAUAAGACCCACAAGAGAGGUCCAAACUAUCGUUUUCGGUACCAAACUCUUUAAAUGUUAGAACCUUACCUUCCGGUUCCGGUUUGGCGGCACGGAUACAGCUGGCGGUGAGUCCGGUCAGAAUCUGGGUUUUUGUUUUGGGGCCGAACCUUGAACCCACCCUGGCCUGUGAUGUCCCGCCUUACUCGGGACAAAAACCACCAUCCGAACCGAGCCAGCAGCGGGUCAGGACCGGUCGGGUCCUGCGCCGCGGUGGUUCUGUCUGUGCUGGUUCUCUGUAGACUGGAAGCUGUUCAGUUCUGACCCAGAGGUUCUGCUACUGAGGUUCUGAAGUGUCCCCCCCCCCCCCCUCACACACACAGAAGAUGACGUCUGUGGACCUCACGGAACCGGCAGAGGACUCCCCAGCCCAGAAGUGCGGGAGCUGCGGCGGCGCCCCGGUCUGGUGUUGGUGCGUGGACUGUAAUGAGGCUCUGUGCCACGACUGCGUUUCGGCUCAUCGGCGGGUCACCGUGACCCGGAGGCACAAACUCCUCGACCAAGCGCCACCAGAGGUCCGCUCCAUCGCUCCCACCAAGUUCUGCAGCCUCCACCCGUCCGAGACGCUGCAGCUCUUCUGCUUCAGGUGCAACCAGAUGACCUGCAGGGACUGUCAGCUGGUGGCCCACAAGAACCACAGCUUUGAGUUCAUCAGCAAAGCGGUGGAGUGUCUGAAGAAGCAGCUGGGUUCUUCCAUCGACCCGCUCCAGGAGCAGAUGCAGGCCUCCAGGAGGAGCAUCGUGGAGAUGGAGGAGAGACUGGUGGUUCUGUCUCAGCAUGAGACCUUCAUCAAGACCAAGCUGCAGAAGAACUUCUCCGCCCUCGCAGAGUUCCUGUCCAGGAGGCUGGAGAAGGUCCUGCAGGAGGUGCAGGUCCACGACUGGGAGCGGCAGAAGAUCCGCCGCCGGAUGCUGAAGGUGAAGCAGCUGCAGCAGAGCUGCAUGGCGGUGACGGCCGCCGCCGUCCAGGCUCAGAACCUCAGCGACCUGCUGGAGCUGCUGGGCUGCAUGGCGCAGAUUAAACCCCAGGUGAAGGACCUCAUCAGCCAGGACUCUGCCCCCCCCAAGACCAUGGCCUGUCUGAAGGUCAUCAGCGACCAGCAGUCCAUGGACAGCAUCCUGCAGUUCGGAAAGAUCGAGGUGUCCUGGGUUCCCUUCUCCGCGUACCAAGCCCCCAAAAAGGAUACCUCAUGUCUCCAUGAAGUUGCUCCUCCCACCUCCUCUUCACUUAGUGGUGUUGCUCCUCCCACCUCCUCCUCAUCCAUCAGUGACGUUGCUCCUCCCACCUCCUCAUCCCUUAGUGGCGUUGCUCCUCCCACCUCCUCCUCAUCCAUCAGUGGCAUUGCUCCUCCCACCUCCUCAUCCCUUAGUGGCGUUGCUCCUCCCACCUCCUCCUCAUCCAUCAGUGGCAUUGCUCCUCCCACCUCCUUCUCAUUCUUUAAUGGGAUUGCUCCUCCCACCUCCUCCUCAUCCAUCAGUGACAUUGCUCCUCCCACCUCCUUCUCAUUCUUUAAUGGGAUUGCUCCUCCCACUUCCUCUUCAUCCAUCAGUGGCGUUGCUCCUCCCACCUCCUCCUCAUCCCUUAGUGGUAUUGCUCCUCCCACCUCCUCAUCCCUUAGUGGCAUUGCUCCUCCCACCUCCUUCUCAUUCUUUAAUGGGAUUGCUCCUCCCACCUUCUCCUUUAAAGGGAUUGCUCCUCCCACCUCCUCAUCCCUUAGUGGCAUUGCUCCUCCCACCUCCUCUUUAUCCUUCAACGGCAUUACACCUCCCACCUUCUCAUCCCUUAGUGGCAUUGCUCCUCCCCCCUCCUCCUCAUCCUUCAAUGGCAUUGCUCCUCCCACCUCCUCAUCCCUUAGUGGCAUUGCUCCUCCCACCUCCUACUCAUUCUUUAAUGGGAUUGCUCCUCCCACCUUCUCCUUUAAAAGGAUUGCUCCUCCCAACUCCUCCUCAUCCAUCAGUGGCAUUGCUCCUCCCACCUCCUCAACCUGCAGCAGCUUCUCCUCUGAGACUCCACCUCCUUUGGUUAGCCACAGCUCCGCCCCUUCUUUACUGUCAUUGUCGUCAUGGCGUCACUCCACAUAUGCUCCCCCUGUUCACACCGCUGACGCUCCUCCUACACCUCCACCCGCCCCCCCAGACCCUAAAAAAGCCAAACAAGCCGACAGCGUCUGCUCCUCUCAGCUGGCACCUCCGUUUGCUCCUCUUCCUGCGCAUAUUCACCCCACCCCCAUCUUAUCGGUUAAUUGUCCUGCUCCUCCUCCCACCUCCCUGGACACCCUCGGUGUUACCCCCCCACAGUACUCACCUGCAGCCGCCUCAAAAGUCCGGAUCAACGUCAUCAGCAGGUCAGAGGUCGCGGCGUUGAGCCGGCUCUUAGAGUGGCCACAAAAACACCACAACCCCCCCAAGAAGAAGCCAGCAAGGUCGUCUGACCCGCAGGGGGGGCGGUCCGCUGCCUUUCGGAAACACCCCCCCAAAAAGACAAAGUCCUCUGGGGGCGCCUCCACGCUGCUUUUUCACUCCUUAGCCCCCCAGAGCAAAAAUCUCACCACAUCCUCCUCGCCCCCCUGCUCCCUCCCCAUCACACCUGCUGUCACCCCAGAGCCCCCCUCUCAACAGCAGCCAUCGGUGUUUGCUCCUGGGGGGCUCGCAGCAUCCAAGCCGACUACUCCAUCGCUGCCGAGCCCCCCCCCAUCAACACCGCCGUCCAGGUCAGCCCUCGCCCCCACCCCACCCUACCCUCACAUCCCACUCAAAGACCAAGAGCCCCCCCACACACUUCAGAGGGAGAGGGCCAGCUUGCAGCCUGGUUCUUUUGUGAGCCCCCUCAGACCCAAGACCCCUCCACUCCCCCAUCCAAGUCUCAGAGACCGCCACCCCUCCCAGGAAGAGCCGAGUCCACAUCCUGGUUCUUGCAGGGGGGGUCCCGGCUCAUCUGCAUCCGAACCUUCAGAACCGGAGGCUGAGCCCGCCCCCGCCUUCCCUGUGGAACCCGAACCUCCAGAGAAACCCGCGCCUCCUCCAGCCACAGAGGAGCCCACCUCCGCCCCGUGUGGAGGUCUGGAUCCAGACGGGACGCCUGUCAGGAAGCUGGCGGCAGGAACGGGAGGGGGAGGAGCUCCGCUGAGCCGGGACUCCCGGCUGCUGCAGCCCAGAGUGUCUCUGUUCAGACUUCCUGUGAGCUGGUCCGGACCGGACCGUCCUCUUCCUCGGUUCCAGCUGAUCAUCGGAGACGCCGAAGAUGAGAUCUACAUGCAGGAGAUCUCUCAGGUGGAGACGUCCCGACCGAAGGAUUCCUGCAGGUCUGUGAGCCUGAAGCCGUUAAACCGACAACCGUUCUGGUUUCAGACUCCUGCUGAGUCUCUGGACUUCACCGGCAGCUCUUCAACCGAUGACGGCGCUCUGAACGACCAGAACCCGGACUUCACCCAGCCGCUGUCCCUGGAGAUCCUCUCCUGCUCCACCUGCGGCGCCUCCGACGCCUCCAAGAUCUGCGUCUCCUGCGGUCGAGGAUACCACCGGGACUGCCACGUUCCUCCGGUCAGGCCGGACAUCUGGUCGGCAUUGACCUGCUCGCUGUGUCAGGACCUGUCGGACCCCGCAGACCCGUUCAGCUCAGACCGACCCGCCUGUCAGACGUCUGGACUCGGCCUGCUGGACCAGAGGAAGUGUGAGACUCUGGUGCUGCACCUGCUGGUGGAGGGCUGCGGUCGCCUGUCUGAGUCUGGUUUUCUGUUGGACCUGACGCGGAUCUCGGAGCGCCUGACCUGCCAGCGCCUUCCUGGUUUCCAGAGGGCAGAAGACCUGGUCUCUGAGCUGUGGACCCUGAUGGAGGAAACCUCACAGAACGACGCCUUAAAAGACCUCCAAGAGAGUUUCCAGAACAAGGUGAAGGAGAUGUUUGGAUCAGAACUUCUUCCUUUGCUCCGGAGAACUUCAAACUCAAAGGCGCCACCUGCUGGUGGAAGCAGCUCGCCGAAAUGCGCCGCUUCAGGUCCUAAAGGAGUCGACUCUGAGCUGCCGAAGGUCAGAAGGGACGGGGAGCGGACGGGAAGGGGGUCCAAACUGGAGGUUGUGAGGAGGAGGCUGAGGGACUUCCUGGACAUGAAGCAGCUUCCUCCAGGAAAAAGGAUGAAGACUGACUAGAUGAGGGGGGGGGGGGGGGGGGGGGAUUUUCCUCUGACUCUGGAUUCGACCCGAUCAGAUCAGAUCAAUCCAGCUUUUCUUUCUGCUUCAGAUCAAUUUUCAUCGACUCUUUUUAUCAGAACAUCUGCUGGACCUUCAGGGAGACGACCCCCCCACCCAGUCCCAGUGAAAUCAGUCUGAAGGCAGCAGCUCUGAGAAAUGCACUCUGGGAAAUGAAGUGAAACUAGUGUUUGUUUGUCCUGCUGGAUCGGGACCGGUGGAACAUCUCUGAUUCCCUUCAGGGGUUCCUUUGGAGCCAAAACCUAAAGACUGAGGGAUUUUCAUGAAUUCUUCAUAAAAGUUCUUCAGAGGCUUUAAAGAAAAAUGGUUUUUGUUAAGUUGCAGCAAAAAAUGUGAAAGUUUAGAAACUUCAAAAGGUCAAAGUUACGAGAUAUAAGCCACAAAGAAACCAAAAUGUUUGUUACUUCCCCAGUUUGGGAGGAGAAACUUCUUCACUGAUUUAGGUUUAGAAGCAGAAAAGUUGUUUGUUGCUGUUUUGUUGAAGAGAAAAAUGAAGCGACAGAAUAAAAAUGGUCUGUUACAGAAGCGCGGUUUUACAAAGUUUGUGUUCAAGAAUUCACAAUAAAACUUCUCCUGUGUGGGAUGGAAACGUAGAGCUGCCGUAAGCUACGCUGAGGGCGCCGUGAGCGUGGCUUCAGUCUUCAUCAAACAUGGUGUCCUCAGAGCUCAAACUCGGGUCCCAUCCUCUUUUUCUAGUGAGGUGCUCCAGUGGAAGAAGACCAAUCAGGAGCUGUUUAGCUUGGAGGUUAGCUGGAGCUUCUUCCUUUUUAUUAUUCAGGAAGUUGAGGGGCUUUCCUGGUUUGAAUCUCAGUCACUUCCUGUUUGCUUGAUCCAUUUGGUCCAAACUCGGUUCUGCUGUUUAAGAGUAAAACCGUCUCAGGAGCUGGCCAACGAGGCGGAGCUCCUCUCUACUGAUGGAAGCGAUGUUAGCAACGGGAGACAGAAAAGCUUCUCUUUAUGUACUCCUCUGGAAAUCUCAACUGCUGCCAAAUGUUUCAUUUUUGAUUAAUGAUUGAAUAAAUAUUGAUACAUUUCU